AUGGAGAAUCGAGAAGUAAACUGGAUGAAGAGUGGUUGCAAGCGUAGAAUAGAGCUUCCAGAGGAAUUAUUGGCAGAGAUAGUGGCGAGAUUACCUUUUAUAAGUAUAACGAGGUUCAAGUCCGUGUGCAAAGGAUGGAGAUCAUUAAUAGAAUCAACGUAUUUCCGUCAUCUAUUUGUGUUUGCUCACCGAAACUCUUCAUCGUCGUGGUCACUCGUGUGCGGGACAUUUGGUUGGUCAGUCGAGGAAAUGGCGGGGUUCUACGGAUGCAAGAGAUAUGGUCUUCCCCGUAGGCUAGGUUCAUACAUCCCGCCUCAUGGCUUGGUGGAUAAACAUAAGAUCGUAGCCUGCACGGACGGAUUGGUUUUGCUUCAAACCGUAACGAAAAGAGAGACGUUCAGUGUGGGUAGCCCGGUGUUACGGCAGUGGGUUCAGCUCCCACCUCACCCUUGGAAAGGGAUCAGUUCAUCAGUUUUGGCGAUAGGUCUAGUCACCCGAGUAGAAGACGGUGUCGUUAUGGAGUAUAAGGUGGUUUGUAUGGAUAUUGAUUACCGUUGGGAAGUUGAGUCCCUUAUCUUGGAGAUAUAUUCGUCACUGACGGGAACGUGGACUCGCAAAAAAGUCCGUUGUCCUAGUCUCAUCGUUUCUUUAUCCUAUAAAAGAUGCUUGAGUUUGAAGAAGAUGCUUCACUGGCUUGACACCCAUUAUCGUUGUCGGAGUAGCGUGGGAGCCAUUGUAGCAUAUGAUGUCUAUGCUGAUGAUGAUGAGCAGCAGUUUCGCAUUAUCCCUUUUCCUGAUCAAAAGGCUUGCUUUAGAAGAGCCUACACUACUUCAGGGGGAUUCCUUGUGUGUAUUAACAAAAUCCAUCUUCUAUUGAGGCUUUGGAGGCUUGAAGAGUACACAAGUGAUUCAGGGAGAUGGCAACUAACGCAGGAAAUAAAUCUAACAUCUUUUGGUUGCGAUCACCAUUACUUUCCGGUGGCAAUGCAUCCCUCUGAAACCCAUAUCACUUAUAUGGGCAAUCCGGAAAAGGCUUUGGUAUCAAUAGACUUGAAGACACACAAGCUUACACUCCACACUAAAUCAUCGGCUUAUAGAGACACAAUGGUUUACCACUAUUUGGAUACUGUUUAUGUAUCAGUGGAAGCAAGUUUUGAUCACGACGUUUUCUACACACCCCAAUUCACACUCCCAACGUGGAUGGGGUCGGUCCCUCGUUCACCUUCAAUAUAG